AUCAUGAGUCUCCUGGGGCGGGUAACUGUGCAUCGCGCCAGGAAAGCCGCCCUGCUCUGUGUAGUCUUCCUGAUGGCGCGAGCGUGGAGCAGCGCCUCCCUGGCCUUGGCGGGGGCGGCAGCGUCUCAAGGACCCCAGGGCUGCCCACCUCAAUGUUCCUGCAGUAAUCAGCAGGGGAAAGUGGUGUGCACCCGGCGCGGCCUCACCCGUGUGCCCCCUGGAAUACCUGCUAACACGCGACACCUCAAUCUAAUGGAAAACGCCAUUGAGGCGGUGCAGGCGGAUUCUUUUCGCCACCUGCACCACCUUGAGGUGCUCCAGCUUGGGCGAAAUGCCAUACGGCAGAUUGAGGUGGGCGCGUUCAAUGGACUUACAAGCCUGAACACACUGGAGCUCUUUGACAACCGGCUAACAGUUGUGCCCAGUGGGGCCUUUGAAUACUUGUCAAAACUAAGAGAACUAUGGUUGAGGAAUAACCCAAUUGAGAGCAUCCCAUCGUAUGCCUUCAACCGGGUCCCGUCCCUUAUGCGAUUGGAUUUGGGAGAGUUACGGAAACUGGAGUACAUCUCGGAGGGAGCGUUUGAGGGCCUACAAAACCUCAAGUAUCUCAAUCUGGGAAUGUGCAACAUUAGGGGGGAUUUGCCAAAUUUGAGUCCACUGAAAGGCCUGGAAGAGCUAGAGAUUUCUGAAAACCUUUUUCCGAGAAUAAAACCAGGCUCCUUCAAAGGCCUACGUGCUCUUAAAAAGCUAUGGGUGAUGAACUCUCAAAUAACAGUAAUUGAGCGAAAUGCCUUUGAUGACCUUUCUUCAUUGGUAGAACUUAAUCUUGCCCAUAACAAUCUGAGCGCAGUGCCACAUGAUUUGUUUUCCCCGCUCAGGUUCUUGGUGGAGCUUCAUCUUCACCACAAUCCAUGGAACUGUGGCUGUGAGGCUGUGUGGUUAGCACGGUGGCUAAGGGAGUAUAUACCAACAAACUCUACAUGUUGUGGACGCUGUCAUUCACCGGCUAGCAUGAGGGGGCGACAAUUAGUUGAAGUCGAGAGGGGUGAAGGGGCAGCCACCCAAUGUUCUGCUCCAUUCAUUGCUGAUGCUCCAAGAGACUUUAACAUCUCAGCAGGGAGAGUAGCAGAGCUUCGAUGCCGUACUGCCCCAAUGUCCUCAGUGCGUUGGUUGUUACCUAAUGGGACAAUCCUUACACAUGCCUCCAGCCACAUCAGAAUAUCAGUUCUUAACGACGGAACUCUUAAUUUUUCAAAUGUCCUUGCUGCGGACACAGGCACUUAUACCUGCAUGGUGUCCAAUGCAGCAGGGAACUCUAAUGCCUCGGCCUACCUCAAUGUGAGUGCUGCUGAGCUGAAUACGUCUAAUUUGAGUUACUUCACCACAGUGACGGUUGAAGUAAUGGGACCAACCACAGAAAUGCCCAAACCUACAACCACCACAACAUCCUCUGGGGCUGGGGUAGCUGCUGGUGGAGGAGGAACAACAACAACGACAACUGCUUCUCCCUCCGUAUUUCAGCCGGUCUUCAUUUCUACACCAACAGUCCUGCUGCAAAGUACUGAAAGCCCUCCAGGUGCAGCUAAGCCCUCUGUAGUUCCUGCAGUCCAAGGAGCCACUGGGAAACCAGGAAAGUCAGGCCCCAGCCUUGAUGAAGUGAUGAAGACAACCAAGAUUAUAAUAGGCUGCUUUGUGGCAGUGACACUACUGGCUGCUGUUAUGCUUAUUGCCUUCUACAAACUUAGAAAGCGCCACCAGCAGAGGAGCACUGUGGCAGCUGCUCGAACUGUGGAGAUAAUUCAGGUAGACGAGGAGGACCUUCCACCACCAGCUUCUGCAGCACAAGAGACCGCACUAACGUUGCCUGAAAUCCGGGACCAUAACAGUAUACACAAACUGGACUUUAUCAGCCACAAAACAGACUACAGUUUCCACAAGCCCAAAGUGGAGUACAAACCGCAGCCUGACUUCACUCUUCACAAGCCAAAGGCUGAAUAUACAACAUAUAAGCCAAAUGUAGACUACAGUAGCCACAAGACCAUGCCAGAAUACAGUACCCACAAAUCUACACCAGACUUCAGCCUUCAUAGACCAAAGCCUGAUUUCAGUCCAUUUUCACAGGAAUACAAGUCAAAGGUGGAAUACAGCCCUUUUAAAGCAGACUUUGGAACUCACCCUAAAGCUAAAUCGGAAUUUAGCCCUUUUAAACCGGAUUACAGCACCCAUCCCAGGCAGAAAUCAGAAUUCAGUCCAUUCAAGAGAGAUUAUAAUACACAGCCAAAACCCAAACAUGACUAUAGCCCCCUGAAAUCGGACUACAACACACAGCCCAAAAUCAGUGCCCAUUACAGCCCCUUCAAGCCCUCUUUUGGCACUCACCCAAGGCCUAAACCUGAAUAUAGCCCUUUUAAGGUAGACUACAGCACUCAGCCUAAAGUGAAAACAGACUUCAAUGCCCAGAGAUCUAAAACCGACAAUACCUACAAACCCAAGGACCCUUAUACCCCCCAUAAGACUGUGACUGAUUACAGUCCUUACAAAGUUGAUUACUGCGCCUUCAAGUCUGACUUUAGUCCCCAGACCCAGAGAUCUAAACCGGAUUAUAGUCCACACAAAAUGGACUACAGCCCUCAUAAAGUGGACUACAGUACCCUAAAACCCAAAUAUAAUACUUACAAACCAAGUGGACAAGGAGCUAAAUGGACAGAUAAUAAUGUUGGCAACUCAUUGCCCCGAACCUUGCCCAGCACCAUCACAGCAAUGGCGGAGCCCUUUGUCAUAAAAACUCACAAGGAGAAAGUACAAGAGACUCAGAUUUAA